CUCCUUCAAGCAACUAUUGGAAAUUCAACCUCUUGAAUCGCUGCUACCCUGGGAGCGUGGGACAGUCCAAAGAUGCGCUUACUCAAAACCGACACGUUUGAACUCGUUGAGUUUGUGGGCGAAGAGAUCCCAAAAUAUGCCAUCUUGUCGCAUACAUGGGAAGGAAAAGAGGUCAGCCUCCAAGACAUCCAACAUCCCGAUGCUCCCAUCCGUUUAAAGGCAGAUAAGCUGCCUACUCCAGCUUGGGCAAAGGUCAAGCACGCGUGCCGUCAGGCACGGAGAGACAAAUUUGAAUUUAUCUGGAUCGAUACCUGCUGUAUCGACAAGUCAAGCAGUGCCGAGUUGCAGGAGGCCAUCAAUUCCAUGUUCGCGUGGUACCGGAAGUCGGCCCUCUGCUAUGCUUUCCUCUCCGAUGUCCGGAAGCCCAGCGGAUCCACCAACCCAUCAAGUUUUGAUAUCACUGGUUCGCGUUGGUUCACAAGAGGCUGGACCUUGCAGGAGUUACUGGCCCCUGACUUUCUGUAUUUCUACGAUGCUUCCUGGGAGAUGUCAGGCUCGCGUAACGAUUGGGCAGAAAGUAUCUCGAAAGCAACCACGAUUCCAGUCGAUUUCCUAGCUGGGUCAGAAUAUGGCGAAGGUGAUGUGUACAAUCAGGAGAAAAACGGCUCCCUCGUGCGGAUACCGACAACCAGAAAAAGCAUCGAAGAGAAGCUUCAGCAAACCACGGUGGCGGCGAGGAUGUCGUGGGCCGCCAACAGACACACCACCAGAGUUGAGGACCAGGCCUACUGCCUGCUCGGGCUGUUUGAUAUCCAUAUGCCAAUGCUCUACGGCGAGGGCAAGAAGGCUUUCAUGCGACUACAACACGAGAUCAUGAAAACAUAUGAUGAUGCCACCAUUCUCGCCUGGGGUUAUGGCAUGCCUCUCGACCGUGAUACAUAUGUGGAUACGGCUGAUGGAUAUGCUGCGCAAGAUCCUGAACUGUACCAUAUAACGGUUCCCCAAGCCUGCCACUCGAAUUCGCCAUCAGCCAGCGGGGUCUGA